AUGAGUGAAAAGAAAUAUGAUAUAUUAUUAUUUGGUAGUACAGGAUACACUGGUAAAAUGGUUUUAGAAUACUUACUGAAAAAUUAUAAAACAAAAAUAUUUAAUGAUGAGAUAAAGUUAUUGUGCCCUGUAAGAAACAUAGAAAAAUUAAAUAACAUUUUGUUAAACAUUAAAGAAGAGGAAAAUAUUAAUAUUGAAAAAAUAAACAAAAUAGAAUGUGAUAUAAAUAACUAUGAAUCUGUUUUAAGAUGUUGUGAGAUGUGCAAUGUAGUCAUUAGUACAAUAGGGCCAUAUAUAAUAUAUGGAUAUAAUAUCGUUAAGGGAUGUAUUGAAGGGAAUGCACACUAUUUAGAUAUAUGUGGUGAACAUACUUUUAUUUUAAAAAUAUAUAAAGAAUUUAAUGAAAUAGCAAAGAAGAAAAAAUUGAAAAUAAUUCAUAGUGCUUCCUUUAUUUCAGCGAUUAGUGACUUAGGAAAUUUUAUUAUUCAAAAUGAAUCUUUAAAUUUAUAUAAAAAGCCUUGUCCGUAUAUUCGAGUACGUAUAUCAACAGAAGGUUUCCAUUUAAGAACUAUCGGAAAAACAACAAUAAAGAGUUGUUUACUAUUUAAAAAGCAAAUAGGUAAUAGUUAUAAUAAGCAUUAUUUAUGUGAUAACAAAUAUGAAAAAAAUACUUUCUCUAAAAAAAAAAAACAACAAAACAAUUAUUUUUUUGAUUACGAAAAAGAGUUUGGUUACUGCUUUAAUACUCCUUAUUCUAAAGUAGAAGAAGCAUAUGUAAUAUGGUCUAAUUACUUAUUGAAUUAUAAAUACGGAAAAGACUUAGUUGUGAGUUAUAAGGAUUAUGAUCCUUAUUUAACUACAACUAAAUAUGUUAUUAAAAGAACGUUCUCUAUAAUAUUCAAUUUUUUGUUAUCCUUUAGUUUUUUUGAUUAUUUUAUAAAGAAAUAUGUUGAUUUAAUUCAUAAACCAAAAACAUCUGAAGAACUAAAAAAAGCUUUUUGGAAGUGUAUAAUAAUUGGUGAAUCUAACGAUGAAAAAAGAAAAAAGAAAAUCUCUCUAUAUUUAAGUGGAAAAAAUGAAGAUCCUGGUUACUUAUUAACUUCAAAAAUUAUAUCAGAGUCAGCAAUUGUAUUGCUUCAAGAUAAAUUACCAGAUAACUUCGGUGUAGUUUCUAUAUCAGUUGGCCUAGGUAUGGCUAUAGUUGAUAGAUUAAAACAAGCUUCCAUCAAUAUACAUAUUGAGAAAUAA